AUGAGAAACGAAGCUGUUGAACAGAAAGAAAAAUACUUUGAUCGACCAGGACUUUAUGUAGCAAUACAUUGUACUGGUGGAUCACAUCCAGCAUAUACAAAACCAUUUACCAUCAGUAAAUCGCCAGAAAUAACAGAGACAUUUCGAGUUGUCUUUCAGUGUUGUGUUAAACCAGAUGCAUUUACAAUUCAUGAAGGGCCAGUUAAAAAAGGUCAUGCAUGGCGUUUUGUUGAUUCCGAUGCUAUUCGUCCGUAUGGUAUUCUGAUCAAAAAUGAAAACACAGAGGAGUCAAGUCUAGAAGAUGUCGAUUAA